AUAAUCUUCCAGGAGGAUGGCAAGUGACUCAAUUCAAAUGGAAGCUUCCUCUCAGCUUCUUUGUUUUCUUGCGGGCAUUUUCCUAAUAAAGAUUACACAAAACCAUAUCAUCAUUUUGAAAUGGUAGUUACAGCAGGGAAGGAAUAAUGAUCAAAGUUCAAACAGUAAGAUUAGGCUAUAAAAAAGUUGCAAUUUAAUUGUGGGUGGACCACUCUAGUGUUGAAAGCUACCUAUGAAAUAUAGACAGGGAGCGAUCUGCAUCUCAUUUGUUUCUUUCUUUACUUGCUCUUGCCGUGAUACUAUGCUUGCUUAAUUAGAAGGACUGGAUAGUGAUGGGGAAGACAGGCAAAUGGAUUCGAAGUUUCUUGACAGGAAAGAAAGGCAAGGAGAAGGAGAAAGAAAAAUGUAGAACAAAUCAGAAUUCAGAAACCAGCAUUGAGAAUGCUGUGACUCCAGUUUCAAUGACGCAAACUACUCCAAAAGAAAAAAGAUGGAGUUUUCGCAGAUCUUCAGCCACAGCAGCAGCUCCUAGGGACAUUAAUUCUGCAGAAACAACUGCCUCGCCGCAACCAGUGGUUCAGGCUACAUUGGAUUCAGAAAAUGAGCAGAAGAAGCAUGCAAUGGCUAUGGCAGCUGCCACAGCUGCUGCUGCUGAUGCAGCCGUGGCAGCUGCUCAGGCUGUAGCAGCUGUGAUCCGUCUAACUGCAACUGCCACUGGGAGAACCAGCGCAAUUGAAGAGGCUGCUGCCUUAAAGAUUCAGUGUGUCUUCCGUUCUUAUUUGGCAAGAAAAGCAUUAUGUGCAUUGAAAGGACUGGUGAAGUUGCAGGCACUGGUAAGGGGUCAUCUGGUGAGGAAACAGGCCACUGCUACGCUCCGGUGCAUGCAGGCAUUGGUGACCGUACAGGCUAGAGCUCGGGCUCAGAGGAUCCGGAUGACUGAAGAAACAGAGCCUGCUAGUCAGAGACAAUCAGUCCACAGAAAAUCAACACAGGAGAAUAGAUUCAGGCACACAAAUUAUGAUAUUGAUGGAGGCAUGGAGGAGAACAUCAAGAUUGUGGAGAUGGAUCUUGGACAAUCAAAGGGAAGCACAAAGAGCAGAAAUAGCUAUUCACAACAACCACAAGCAGAACGAGUAGAGCAUAGAUUUUCCACAUAUAAUGCAUCAUCAAAUCGUGCACACAUGAAGCCAGACAACUACCAAAUCUCUCCAGCUCCAUCAGCUCUGACCGACAUAAGCCCCAAAACCUGCAGUGGUCAUUUUGAGGACUAUUCCUUCAACACAGCGCAAAGCAGCCCCCAGUACGACUCUGCAGUGUCAAAACCUGAUCCAUCAAGAAUUCCAUUUGCUUUUCCCCUACCAGACUAUGCAGAAUCAUUAUCCUAUGACUACCCAUUAUUUCCAAAUUACAUGGCAAAUACAGAAUCUUCCAAAGCAAAGGUUCGGUCACACAGUGCACCGAAACAAAGGCCAGACUCAUUUGAUCGGCAACCAAGCAGGAGGAGGACAUCAGUGGAAGGAAGGAAUGUCCCAAGGGCUAUGCGGAUGCAGCGUUCAUCUUCACAUGUUGGGGCCACCGCUCAGAAUUACCAUUACCCAUGGUCAAUUAAACUUGACAGAUCAACAGUAUCGCUGAAAGAUAGUGAGUGCGGAUCCACCAGUACAAUGCUCACAAACACCACUUACUGCAGAACUCUUGUUGGUUUUGAUGUUCAUGGAAAUAGGUACUAACGAUGCACAACUCUCCACCAUUGCAAUAGAUAUUUCGUGUUUCUCGACAAAAGGAAAAAAAAAACUCGGACAUGAAAUAAAUGAUUCAAGUUUCAGUAAGAAAUUAUCAAAGAUAUCAACAAGUUUUACGCAGAGCUGCCAGAGUGUUUCUGACAACUUCUCAACCCUUACUCCAUUCUCAUUGCAAGGAAGCAAUGUUUUAUUCUCCACUUAUGUAGAAAAUUCCUCUCUCUUCUCAUCUCAUAAUUUGGAUAAAUGUGUUCCUAAGGAGAAGCAUAAUGCAAAGGGAACUCAACUAACCCCCGCAGGCAUUACAAAGAAAGUUCAGGAACACGGUUUAACUGUUUUUUUAUGUCAAUAGAAAUUUGUUUGGGCGUGAAUUUUUCUCAGGUUGAUUUUUUUGUUAAUCCUGCAACUUUCAUUUGUCUAUUUUAAACACGAAAAGCUUCUAAAUAAUGCUUCUUUGCAACCAGAAUCACCGUAAUCUCCAUAAGCAGAAUUCUGUAAUGCAUUGACUACUGAGAAAUAAAGAACAUGAUUUCCACAA